CCAUUAAAAAAAAAGGAAAAAAAGAGAAGAUGUUCUCUCUGCUGUUUUACUUACGGGCUGAACUCAAAACGGUCCAAAGACAAACGGGUCCAUACGAUCACCGAGACAACCACUUGGAGAGAGAGAGAGUGGCAUCCCCACUCCCCACUAUAUUCGCGCGCCUUCUCUCUGCCUCCACGUUGCAACGACAAAUGGAAGCUCUACUCCACUCCGCCUUUUCCCCUCCUUUCUCAACGUUCGUCACAGCCGGCGAAACUGGCAGGAGAGUGCUUAAAACUCGCUCAUUCAUCAUCGCAAGGUCCGGAGGAAAUGAUAGCAACACAUCCGCGGAAGCCAUGGAAGCGAAAAAAAGAGAUUUUGAAUCGAAGAGCUCCGAUAUAUGGAAGCUCUUUAAUGAUGCUCAGCAAAAUAUACUUUACUUGAACACGCAGCGGCUUAAGGCCGAGGAAGAGCUGAAGAAGAUUAGGAAAGAAAAUGACGCGCUGCUUGCUAGAGUGGAAGAGUUAGAGGCAGAUGGUUUCAGACCUCCAAGGAACAAUGUGCAUUUCAUAAAUAUGACAGACAAGUCAUUGCUUUUGGGUGAGCUAAUGCUUCGAAUUGAUUCAAUGGUGCUUUCGGGCAUCAUGGAUUUGGGAGAGGCAUCAGAAUUGAGAAAGUUCAUAAUAGAGAACAAGAUGGUUGUAACAGAUGCCUUCUAUAAUAUAAGGAGCAAAAAUGAUCACGAGCUGCUAUCAAAUCUUCGUGAUGUUUUCAACAACAAUGGAAGGAAUCAAUUACAUAUAUUGCAUAUCUGCACGGAAAUGACACCAGUUGCUUCCUUUGGAUCGUUAGCGUCAUAUGUAACAGAAUUAUCUCUCGCACUUCAACGAAAGGGCAACUUUGUGGAGGUCAUAUUACCUAAAUACUCAGUCUUGAACCUUGAUGAGGUGCAUGCAUUGUGUAAGGUUGAUACUGGAGUUCAUUCUUAUUUUGACGGCCAAUGGCAUGAGAACAAAAUUUGGACAGGCAUUGUUUGUGGCAUUCCAGUAACUUUUAUUGAACCUCAAAGCCAUGUGUUUUUCUCUCGUGGUGCUAUUUAUGGCUAUCCUGAUGACUUUGAAAGAUUUGUCUAUUUUUCACGUGCUUCUCUUGAUUACAUUGUCAAAUCAAGAAAACAACCUGAUAUUCUGCACAUACACAACUGGCAAACUGCUAUAGUUGGACCACUUUUUUGGGACAUAUUUGUCAAUCAGGGACUUGAAAAUACUCGAGUGCUAUUCACAUGUCAUGGGUUCCAAUCACAGUGCUCAGACUUGCCUGGAAAAUUAGCAAUAGUUGGGCUGGAUUCAUCGCAGCUUCAUCGCUUGGACCGUUUGCAGGAUAAUACAAAGCCCCACUUAGUCAACAUUUUGAAGGGAGGUAUAGUAUAUUCAAAUACGGUGAUGGUUCUGUCGUCUGUUCAUACAAAGGAACAUAUCAUUCAAAACAUGGGAUAUGGAUUAGAGUCAACACUGAACAUCCACAAGGAAAAAUUGCUUCUUGCACCUUAUGGCAUCGAUGCAAAGGAAUGGGAUCCAUCAACAGGCAAGAUCCUUCCAGCAAGGUAUUCAUCAGAAGAUUAUAAGGGUAAAGCCACCUGCAAGACUGAACUAAGGCGACACAUUGGAUUUCCUGAUGAUGCUUCUAAAGCUAUUAUUGCUUAUGUAUGCACCAAACUUUCGGACCUUGAUUUCCAGAAUCUAAGACCAGCAAUUCGGCUUGCAAUGAACAGGGGAGCUCAGUUUGUCAUCAUGGGUUCCAGUGAAACAUCAGGGACAGAAGCUGCAAUAAAGGUUCUUCAAAAUGAAUUCAGGAAACAGUUAAGGUUCAUAAACAAGUAUGAUGAGCCAUUCUCACAUUUACUCCUUGCUGGUUCAGACAUCAUUUUGUGUUCAUUCUACAAUUCAGAACCACAGUUGCCGCUUAAAGCACUGAAAUAUGGUGCUGCACCUGUUUUAUUGAACGUGGUUAGUGAUGGACGGAGGCUUGCUGAUAGGCGUGAGUUCAGUCGGAUGAACUUAUUGCAGAACAGCUUUUCUUCGUUUAUGGACAUGUCUCUGGGCCAGGCACUUGAUCAUAUGGUCAAUGAUCCAAUAGGUUGGAAUCAUAAGAUAAGGGAAGGAAUGUCAAAAGAUUUAUCAUGGGAUGCAGAAAGCUGCGGCAUACAUUUAGCUGCAUAUUUAUCUACAAAGAAUCUUUAGCUUCUUUUUCAUUCAUUCGUUUAGCAUUGAUGUAUCUUCGUGCUUGUAUUUGUUGUCCAUGUAAAACUCCUUUGUUAUUGAAAUGUCAUGUUCUGAUUUGUUCCCUAGCAUAAUUUUGAGCAAGGCCAUGGAUAACCAAGCUUUUCUGCUGUGUACACAACAAUGGUGCAUAAUACCCACAUGGACUUUUCUCUUUGUUCGCCAGUUCUUGAAAAUAAAUUUCAAACUGAAUCUGCUGGAUGAACACAAGAUGAUGUUGGAAACCGUUUAUAAUUGUCCCAGAACCAUCAAGAAGCCAUACUUUCUUUGUGGAGAGUAUUCCCGUCAUUAGUCUUUUGUUGCACACGGAGUGGUGCUUAUGACAAUUGAACCUUCCAUUUGACUCCU